ACUUUGCACGAUCGACUAUGGCAACUGGUAAUAUCCAAACGGUGAGUUUUAAUUUAAACUCUUACGGAACGUAGCUGACUAGCCAUUCUCUUCUCACCAGUCACCACUAGCGCGCGUUAGGUGUUCGAUAACUUUCCUAGAAGAACCAGAGAAGCCAACGACACCCGAUAUCCUCAAUUUUAGCACUCCCUUACUCGACUCGAUCCCACAUCUGGUAACCAUAAGAUUUACACAAUGCAACGCAUAUCAUCAAAACCUUCAAGAAUUUCGUUAUUCUCUCUUCUCUCUAUUAAAAACACAGCAAAGCAGCGAGCUUUCACUACCCACUCGUUGAAUUCACAUCUUCAGAACUUCCAUAAAAAGGAAAUCAGCAUUCCAGGCCAUUUCCGCAAAUGGGUUUCACUUGGUUUUGUUAGAACCUCCAAGUUUGCAACUGGCUUCUCUCCUUUGCAGCGAAAGCCACUUGAUUCUAUAAUGGAUACUGAACGGGCUAAAAACAAGUCACCUGAGGACCUCGCUUCCGCAUGGGAUGAUUAUCACUUGGGAAGAGGUCAUAUUGGUGCAUCCAUGAAAGCUAAACUUUAUCAUCUGUUGGUGCAAAGAGCAGCAGAUUGCCGGUACUUUGUUAUUCCUUUGUGGAGAGGAAGUGGUUAUACAACAAUGUUUGCUCAAGUACAGAUGCCACACAUACUUUUCACUGGUCUUGAAGAUUACAAGGCAAAAGGAACUCAGGCGGCACCUUACUUCACUGUCUCCUUCUAUACUGAAUUUGCAGAAAGCAAGGACUUGGUCCUUAUCCGAGGAGAUGUUGUCUUUACCAGCAAGCUUACUGACGAAGAGGCAAAGUGGCUUCUAGAGGCCUCUCAGUCUUUUUAUCUAAAUGAUGCAAGAUACAAGUUGGUUGAGCGAUUCAACAAAGAGACACGUGAUUUUGAAUUCAAGGAUGUACUCCGAGCACUGGAUAUGCCAAUAUUGUAAUCUGAUGAAUUCAUGUCAAAUUGACUCGUGUGCCAAGUUCCAUGUCAACAGUGGAAGAAUUGGUUCACCUCAUUUUCAGCCGGAUUGAAUUAGCCGACUUUGUGAAUCAUUUACUGUAAAAGGAAAAAAAAGGGGGAUUUGCUUUGUGCC